UGUUAUCGCUCACCCACCGCACAAACACAACCAUCGAUAAUUGUUGCGUUGACUUCAUACGUUUGUUCAUUUUAAUAUACUAUUAAAAUGAAUUCCUUAAGACCCUGUGGCUGCAAGGGCGUGAGAACCUGCCUGACUUGUGAGAAGGAUUAUAAAAUUGAGAAACCAUCGCUGCAACAGCAAUUUCAGAAACUAGAGGCCUGGUCUUAUUGCACACAAUGUGUAUGUUUCUAUGCCGGCUGGGAUGUCCAAGCUGUUCAGAACUCUCAUGGACAACACAACAAAGCUGAGGGCUUGACGCUGCCUGGCAUAUAUGUCGAGGAGCAGUUCCUAAGCAAAGAAGAGGGUGCUCGAUUAAUAGGUGACUUGGAUGCACUGCCAUGGGAUAUUUCACAAAGUGGCAGACGUAAACAGAACUUUGGUCCGAAAACAAACUUUAAAAAACGAAAGCUGCUGCUGGGCGGGUUUAAAGGAUUCCCCGCAAGCACUAGCUAUGUACAGCAACGUUUUGAUAUAGUGCCACUGUUGCAUAACUUUCAGAGCAUAGAGCAGUGCUCACUGGAGUAUGAUCCUAGCAAGGGCGCAAGCAUAGAUCCGCAUGUGGAUGACUGCUGGAUAUGGGGCGAGCGUGUAGUAACAGUAAAUUGCUUGGGCGAUGCAGUGCUGACAUUAAAUCUUUAUGAGGAGAAGCAGGCAGGCAAAUACAACAUGGAUCUGGUGAAGGAUUAUGAAGAGCAGCUGCUGGAGCCGCUGUUAAAACCUGAACAGUUACAGACUUACAAGCACAAAGUGUUGCGCAUACCCAUGCCUAACCUCUCACUUAUUGUGCUUUAUGGUCCAGCUCGCUACCAAUUCGAGCAUUCUGUGCUAAGAGAAGAUGUGAAGGAACGUCGUGUCUGUAUAGCCUAUAGAGAAUUUACACCCAUGUAUAUAAAUGGCUUGGAGAAGGUUAAAGGCGACCCAGUUACAGAACAAUCCCAACUAUUUUGGCGAGUGCCAAUUAAAAACAACUAA